CAAACACUUAUUAGCACCCUUCACUGACCCCUCCGGCAGCUGUGUGUACGUCUUCCUGUUUGAGGCUGAUGUGAGGCGACAGGCAGGUCUCUGGGGUCGUUCUCUUCAGGACCCCUGGUGGUCCUGGCUGGCCGCCCUGGCUGUCUCAUGGCUGGGCCAAGGCAACGAGGACACACCCUGAUUCAGACCCAGCCAGGCAGACGGAGGGAUCAGGAGGAACCUGUUCAACAUUCUGGGCCAUUUUAGCCCAAACUGGUCCUGAAGGACCUCAUUGCUCCUCAUCUUUACUGGAACUAUCCACUCUUUAAUGGUCUGUUGAAUGGUCAGAUUUCCAGAAAGGAACUGACCAGUUAGGCCAUCAGAUCCUCUAACAGAUUAAAUUAUUUUACUUUAAUUCAGGAUCUUUUUCCAAAUGCAUAAACCUGAAUGAUAGACAGUUGGAGACAUUAGAACUUCAUCCUCCUCCAUCUUUCUAUCUGCUCUGGACCAGGGGUUCCUCUUUGGAGCAUUUUUUUUUAUUUUUUAGCUUUGAAAUGAUUCUGGACCAGCAGCAGCCGUGGACCUUAUGGUUCAGUCCUCUCGUACGGGCAGCACCACCUGACCCAAACCGUCACCGCUUCCUGAUUGGAAGGAUUCUGGAGGAUAAACUGACCGCCUUCCCUGAGACGAAGCUGAAGACCAUCAACCCUCAUCCAGAGCUGAUCUCAUUUUAUGGAAAUGAGGAAGAGGAGAGGAAUGGGGGACAAACCAGCACCAGAAGGAGCGAGGUUCACUUUCCAGGAUCCACUCAGGCGGGAGUUGUUAAUCCAGGAGGAGUUCAAGUCCCUUUCUGUCCAGGCAGCAGACGGACUAAUUAAGGAAGGAUUCAUGAGGAAAGGAAGCCGAGAGAAAAGAAAAAGGCAGUUCAGAUCGCCUCUGCUCAUUAAGGCCCACCAUCAGAUGGAUGGAAACCAAUCCCUACAGCGGCCUCCACAUCUGGCGGACGGCAUGAAGCCGAGGAGCUUAUGGAGGACAGCCGAGCAGCAGAUUAAGGCCUCCACUUCUGGCUCUGUGGCGUCCCACGCUUUGAGCAUGGAGCUGAUGGCUUUAAGGACAACAAGCCGCAGGGACGGCAGGAUUAUCCAGCCAGCAGACAUCCUGCAAAUAUCGUUUUUGCAGUGUAUCAUCAGGUUGGAUGAUUGGAAGAAGAAACGUCUGAAAGGACGACAGUUUAUCUGCUGCAGCUCCAGGAUUACCCAAAGUGGAGCGACCUCAGCCUUAAUGACCUUUGAAGCACUUUGUUUGGCUGCGACCCGAAAGGAGCGGCAGAUUAGCCGUCAUUCAGCACAGAGGUUCAAAGGCCGCUGACCAGAAUAAUCCCGGACACGGAGACACGGGCCGUCCAAAAAACAGCGUCCCGCUGCUCCACCGCUUCACACGCAACACAGCAUCCAUUCUGUCUGAACCUCAACCACAGUCUGUGAUCCCAAUAAACUCACAUUACUGAGGGGAAGGAAAUUAAGAUGAUUAGAAAGCUUCCUGGAUGGGAAGCGAAACAUCUUCAAACAUGGAAACAAAGUCCAGGGGAUUGCUCAUUAGCUUUUUGUUUUUAAUGACUAUGACCUGAGAAUCUUCACCAGCAUGUAACUUUUAUGGUUUUCUAAAACAUUACACUGUAAAUAAAUAAAUUAAACAAAUAAAAACCGCUUCAACUUGUGAAUGACAUAUCUAAAUACCAUUUAACAAAAUUAAUUUGUCUAAAACUGAACAUGAUUACUUAUAGAGUGAAGUAAUAAAAUGUGUGUUUUUAUGGCUCUGUUUUUUGUUCUGGGGUCACAGACUGACCUGUUUG